UAAAAUGAUUGCUUUGAAAAAUUGUAAGAAGAAAUUAAGGAAACAACAAGGCCUUUUGGAUGAGAUCGAACCCACACGAGGUGAUAGUAAGAAGCAGAGUAGUGAUAGAAUGCCAGGGGCUGUCAUUGAUAAAGGUAUCCUUGGAGCUCUUCAAACCAAAAUGAAUAAUUCAAAAACUCUGGACAAGCUGAAAAACAAAGAAUUCGAAUUCGAUAAAUUAAAACUUCCAUAUCAAGCACUGCGACUAUCUGAUAAAAUGGACCAAAAAUUAUUUAAAAUAUUCGAAGAGGAAGCUAUCAAGGCAGGACUAGAAGUUAAGCCGCCUGAAUCAAGAAACUUAAGGGCUCAAGGCUACAACACUUCGAUAGGGUUCUAUGACAAAAAGAAACAGUGCAUGAUAGAGAAAAGGCUGAGUCCCAGGGUAAAUGUUGGUGGUCGCAAGAUCUUCCAGAUGAAUAACCUUAAGCCAUCUAAGAGAAGUUCUUCGCAGUAUCACAGAAUAAACAAACAAGAGCCUGCUGAGCAAUAUUGUCGCUCUUUGCUUCCUCAAACUACUCGGAAGACAGACCAUUAUGAAACGAAAAGAGAAUCCCAAUUGAAUACAGCAAGGCAUUGCAAGGAUCCAGGAACCAUUGACACUGUUUCUGAAAGGACAGAGAAAACCAGAAGUAUCAAAAGAAAGAACAGUAAAUAUUCAAGAGGAGACCAUGAUGAUAAUCGAAAGGGGCAUCACAGAUCUCAGUUCACCGACAGCAAGCAUGAUGAAAACACAAAGAAGAACCACCCUCAAAAACUUCCAUCCCUUCCUAAGCAUCCAAAAGAGUUGACUAAUUUUGAAUUGGAUCAAAAUUUCUUCAAACUAGUAUGUAGCGGAGAUGGUCCAGAGAUUAUUCAUAUGAAACAUUGAAUUAUAAACAGGGCCAAUUUUAAGCUUUUCCUUAGCAAGAAAUACCCACCAAAGAUUGCCGAUAGAAUAACAUUCUCUUUCUUCCAAUCUAUUGGCAACCCUUUAGUGUUGAAUUAUGAUAAGUAUUCAGCAGUACUUGAUGAUUUCUUGAAAUCACCACCUGAACACUUGCUGAUAUUCGCCUUCAGCUGUUAUGAUCUCAGUGCUACCAACAGCGUAUGAGAGCAUGAUAUUUUCCAGAUCCUCCAAAUCUUUAAAGAAGAAAUAAAUGUAGACAAUCAGAUCCUUGAGGCAUUGCAAUUGGAUGAUUUCCCUACUGAUUUGGAUUUACUAGUCAAGGACGAAAAAUCUUAUUUAUUCGAGCAGAUCUUCAUUCCUGAUGUUCUGAAAAUGUCAGAAUGUCUCACUUCUAAAAACAACGACAAGCUUAGCUUAAAUCGCUUGAAUUCAAAAUUCUCUACCAUGAGCUCUAAAUUCAGCAGGAUACCUCCAGAUCACGAAGUAAUGUUUGAAAAAUCUAUAAAAAGAGCUGAGAAAAUUGAAGAGCAUUUCAACAAGAACACACUUGGUUCUGUGUCCAACAUAUUUGAGCACAAGAACAUUUACUAUAAUACCAGACUAAACCACCCAGAAUGCAAUUCACUCUCAAGCGAAGACUUCCUGUCAAUAAAAUUUGAGUGCAAAAUCCCCCAUUUGCUGAACGACUUCAUCCUCUACAUCACAGGGGAGAAGAUCAAUCUGCACAAAAUCUAUAACGCUCAAGCUCGUAAAAACAAAUACCUUUCUAAAAUAGGCCAAACCAGCCUUCCUUUCCAAUACUCUAAAGAAGACCUCAACUCUGUUGAGCACUGGAAGCUAGUCCAUAAGGCAGAUAGGAGCAAGGAAGAUGGGUCCAGUGUGGCUAGACUCGAGGAAGAUAAGGAAGAGAGGAAGAAUAAGAGGAGUCAUAUAUUACCAAUCGGCCAUCAGUUGUUGCCACUAAGAGAGUUUUAUCAGUACAUUGACUCAAACCAUUUGAAGAAUUUGGAAAAAUCCUUUAUUAAGCUGGCCAAGAAGGAUUCGGAUAUUUAUAUUACGCAAGAGAGCUUGAGUAGUGGGUUUAAAGAGGUUUUUGGAUAUGAAAACCCGUCGUUGGCCAAAAGAUUUUAUAUGUAUCUUGCGGAAUACCAUACAAAAGCAAGGAUUACUUUCGAGCAAUAUCUGAGAAGAUUCUUUAAAUUACUAUACUCCUCAGUUGUUGAAAAGAACCAAAUAUCAUUCAGAUUCUACGAUUAUGAUGGUGAUGGCAUAAUCAGUGCCUUAGAUGUCUACGAUUUGUAUCAAUAUUAUGAAAAAGGAAGCAAGCUAUAUGAGGAGGCAACUCUCCUGGUUAACGAUAUUGCACAAAACUCUCAACAAAACAGGCGUGAAGAUAGGUCUUUCAAUUAUAACUACUUUUUGUAUAUUGUCAAAUCAAGUUAUAUCACUAAGGAAUGUGUCAACAAAUGUGCCAAUGGCAUAACUAAUUUGUCUUAUCAUGAAGCUCGUUGCACAGCAAAAUGGAACUCUAUUCUUCACUAUGGAAACUUAGAGAAGAAGCCUACUAAAUCUUUUAAAUCAGAUAAAAAUUAUCCAUCAGUGAUGAGGCCUUUGUUUUCUCAUAUCUCUUUACUCAUGAGAAGAACUGAGAAGAAAAAGAAAGAGGAGAAGGAGCGGGAAGAGCUUCUCAAACUUGGCAAAAUGGAUAGCUACAAGAAUCACUAAAACCUCAUAAUUCAUGUAAUUAGUCAAUAUUUGGAAC